AUCGCGCACUCCCUGCGACGCAGGUUCGCUCCGCGGAUCUUACAUCCGCGAGAUCGCCAUUUUAUGUGUUUGGCGCUGUCACGGAACGGGUGACACGGGUGCGUGCGUGCGUGCGGUGCGGUGCGGUGCGGUGCGGUGAGGUGCGGGUGGCGUCUAGGCACACCAGGACUUGACAAGUCCCCGCGUACGUCUGGUUCGGCGUUUGACAGUUGUGUGCGAUUGAGCGUCUCAACAUGUUGGCCGAACGACGGCCCGGCCCGGACGCGUACAAGUAACGGCGACGGCGGCCAUCGGCCAUCGGCGAAGCGCUCGAUUCGAGCGGGGUGUCGGUCGCGGUGCGAGGCCAGGAGGCACGCACGACACGACGCGGCCCAUCGAGAUGGUGUAGUGUAGCGCGCGCGCGAGGCGGCCCCUGCGAGAAAGAGUGUGUGUUUUUGUCGUCGUUUGUCGUCGUCGUUCCAGUCGGGAGUAUAUAGUAAAGUGCAAUCCGCGAAUACGUCACUCAACUCCCGCCUUUCCUUUCUCUCUCUCUCUUUCUCUGUCUGUCUCUCUCUCUCUCUCUCUCUCUCUCGUUCAACAAUCCGUCGUCAACAAUCGUCUCGACCAUCACUGUGUCAUCAUCGUCGUCGUCGUCGUCGUCGUCGUCGUCCUCGUCGUCGGCGGCGGACGUCGCGGGACGCUCGACAUCGCUGUCGGGAUCACGUACUCCACCGAUUAUCUUGGAUUACUCGCAACACGACGUCUCCUGCCCCUCAGUUACGAUGACUACGGUGCGCACCAUACCCUCGGACAAGAUAAAUUUACGCCUCAUCCUCGUCAGUGGCAAGACAAAAGAGUUCCUAUUCAGUCCGAGCGAUUCUGCGGGCGAUAUAGCACAUCAUGUGUUUGAAAAUUGGCCGGAUGACUGGGCAGAGGAGGCGGUCGCCAAGGCGGAGAUCCUGCGGCUAAUCUACCAGGGUCGUUUCCUGCACAGUAAUGUCACGCUCGGUGCUCUUGGGCUUCCCUUCGGAAAAACCACGGUGAUGCAUCUGGUGCCGCGGGAAAAUCUUCCGGAGCCUAAUUCUCAAGAUCAGAGACAAAAAAGUAAAGGCGGUGGAAGUAGUUGCUGCUCGGCUUCCUGCUGCAUACUCUAGAUCGUCCCCCGGUGGUCGUCGCCGACGUCGGUGGUGGAUUUCGCGCGGAUGGGCGCGCCGCAUAGCCGAACGCGGGCUCACCCGAGCGCCGAAGAGCCAUGGUUUCUAAGAUUUCAUGCUGAUGUAUAAUCGUUAGUGGCUGAGCUCGUGAGCAGUGUAGCACGAGACAGAGAUAGAAAGAGGGAAAGAAAGAUUAUAUCGCUCCGGUGCCCUCGUUGAACGGGGCGAUGAUGAGGAGGAGCAAGCGAUGCGGGCAGUUCCCCGGCGCGGGUGACACGUCGUCGUCGUCGUCGUCGUCAUCGUCGUUGCACCGGUCGGGGAUUUCGGUUCGUUUAGUAAGCGAUAAUGCGUACUGGAUCGAUACGCGCUGGAAAUUCCGAGCGGGGAAAACUCUGCACGGAAAAAAGAGGAAGAAGGGCGAAUAGGGUAGCGUUGCGAGCGAAUGGAUCGUUGCUGGCACGACGGUUAGAGUUUGCCGAGAAGUCUCCCGAUCGCCGAGUUGCACCGAUAGCGAUGGUUUACUAACUUGGACUAACGACAUCAUUUUGGACGUUAUGGCUCUUGUUGUAAUAUACAGAUGGACGUGAAAAGGAUUUGAUUAACGAUAAUCGAUUUCGUUAACGGCUUAAAUUAAAUUUCGAUAAACUUUUUUUUCCUCUCCCCCCCCCUCCCCUCUUUUCUUUCUGUAUCCGGCUUACGAUGUUUGUAACAUUGGAAGAGGAAGAAAGAGAGAGAGAGAAGGUAUAUAAUUGUUAUUCUCGUAAAGUUAGCUAAUUGACUUAACUGAAUUUUCAUUAACUAGAGAGUUAACUAAAUAAAUUUAAUUUAACCGCGCUGGUUAACUAAUUUUGCAUGGCGAUGUUUCUUACGCAUUACAUUGCUAAUUUACGUUGUUCUAAUGUAGACGAAAUAAUCGUAAAUGUAGUUAGCAGUCUUGACUAAAUUUUGGUUAGGGAUUAUAUCCCAUUGUCCUUUUUGUACAUAGAUUAUAGCAAUAGCUGUAAUAUCGACAAACAAAGAAAAUGAUCGUUAAUUUAGUUAACAGAUUUAAUUAAAUUUUUUUGGACAGCGAUACCGAUCCUUUUUCCUAAAUUAUGAUUUCCUAGAUUGUAGUUAUAAUUGCGAAAAGGAGAGAGAUAUAUAUAUAGGAAAACGGUUUUAUUAAUUGUAAGCUUUUAAUUAGCACACUUUCUCUCUUUUCACACAUAUACAGUUAAUUUAAAUUUCGAUUACAUGAUGCCAACCUAUAUUAAUUUCAUUCAUUUCAUUCUUCAUCUCUAUAUAUAUUUUCAGAAGCAAAAUUAGAAAUCUAAAAAAAAAUUAAUCAUCUCUUGAACGUUUUACAAAUAUCAUUCAAGUUAAUCAUAUACUUUCAACAUCACUCGGUGUCGGUACAACCGGUCUCAAAAAAUCAGAAAAGGGGACGAUGAAAAGGUGAACAAUUGCAAGUUUGCUGCGGAUACUCGUAAUGUCGUUUUUAUUCGCCCAAGUAUAAGGUAUUCGUGCGUGCACGAUAAGACGAAUAGAAUUUCCAGGGGGGGAAGAUCGGGUAGCAAAGAGGCUAUGAGAGUUCCGAGACACACCCUGGAACGGCGCUACAAUGCUUAGAAACUCAACCACUAUCACAGUACUUUGCAGCGUUAUAAUAAUUACGUAGAAAUGGGAUCGUGUGCGUGCUUGCAUAAAUAUGAGUGUAUCGCGUUCAAAUGAGGGAGAAAGAGAGAGUGAGUGAAUAAGAGAGCGAAAGAGAUGAGAGAGAAUUGAAAAAAGAAAAAAAUUUAUGUUGUGAUAUGCAGGUAGCGAAUACAUAUACAUAUAUAUAUAUAUAUAUAUAUAUAUAUAUAUGUAUGUAUGUAUGUAUGUAUGUAUGUAUGUAUGUAUGUAUGUAUGUAUGUAUAUACAGGGUGUUUCUUGUUAAUCGCGCUUUCUAUCGACGAUAGAGAGGCGUUGAUAGUUAAAGAGAAUUUUUGCGCGAGAAUAUUUGGGCGUUUUCGAGCGCGAGAAGAGGAUAAGUCGCUUUACGAUAAAUUUUAUUCGAUGUAAGAAGGAUGAUAAAUGUGUGAAGAUUGAUACGGAUAUCCGUUGGAUUUACGAUAUUUUCUUAGACUCAUUCCGUAUUAACUUUUUACGCGGUGUUUAUCGUCAAACAGAAAGUGCGAUUGGCCAGAGACUCUCUGCGUAUACAGGAUGUUGAAAGAAGAGAAUGCAAAAUAUUGAAUAUCCUUUGGAAAAUUCUUUUAUCGUAUCUUUUUCUGUCGUUGUCUUUCAUGUCUUAAAAAUUUUGGUUAUCAAGCCUCACACGCAUACAAUCUAAAUUUACUUGAAUUUAAAGCAUACAUAUAAAUUACAUUUGAAGUUGUAUAUUUUAUACAUAUAUAUAUAUAUAUAUAUAUAAAAAUAAUAAAAUUGCAAAAUAUAAUAUAUAAUACUUUAAUUUUCAUAAACAUAUAUAAAUUUGUGAUAAAUUUGUGAGAAUCAAAUUCACUUUUUUCGAUAGAAAUACGCGAUUGGAGUAAUCUCAAAUAGAUUUUUAUCAUGAUUUUGUUAUCCAAUCAUAUUUUUUUUAUCAACCUAUAUACAUUCUCCGAGAAAGCUUUACUUGGCUUUCAAAGUUCGUUCGCCAAAGAUAAAUCACGUUGACGUCACGAUAUAAAGGAAAUCGCUUUUAAAUCGAACGAAGAACGUACGUUGGCGUAUUUUUGCAUCCUCCUCUCUUGACAGCCCGUAUAUAUACGUAUUAUUAUCGAAGUCGCGUGUGCACGCGCGACGGUAUGAGACGCACGUUGACGCACGUUAAGCUCUCAUACGAAUAGACGAUUUUAUUAUCAUGAAUUUAAAGAGGAAGUAAUAUUAUAUGACGCCACUUUGAGAGUUUAGUAUUCCGAAAUAUAAAAGAUUAUUGGAGAAGAAAGAGAGGAAGAGUGAAAGAGAGAGAAAGAAUGAGAAAGAGAGAGAGAGAGAGAGAGAGAGAGAGAGAAAAGAUAUUGGAUCUCUAUAAUGAAUAGUUAUGAUUAAAUGAAAACUCAAAUAUAUUUCCUGUUAUAUAUAAUCCCUCCCCUCUCACCCAUCAAUCCCCCUUGAUCCUCUCUCUAUUCCAUCUUCUCUUGUUUCCCCUCCCCUCCUCCCUGCUCCUCUCACCCCUUUCGUGUUACCCGUCCAUGCGAAUCUGUCGGGCCUAGAAUGUCGCUGUCAUUAGACCCAGAAAAAUAAUUCCAUGCUAUAAAUUUACGUGCCCAUUUCGAAUAUCGAUUGUAGUUAGAUCCAAUCAAACAUCAAACCGUUACGACGAAUACGUUGUAGGCGAUUCUUUACACACACACACACACACACACACACACACACACACACACAUAUAUAUAUACGUACGCGCAAAAGCGCGAGUAACUCUAAUACACUAUCUAAUAUACUCUCUCUAACAUACUACCAGUAAUCGUACUGUAAUUCUUACGAAAUGCAUAACCUUGUGUAUAUAUAUAUAAUGCAAUGUUCUUACUGUAGUUAAAUUGGAAAAGAGAAGAAGGAGAAGAAGCCAGAAAUUUGUGCGAUCAACACAGCGCGAGCUAUGUUUAAUUUAUUUCUUAUGUACACGUACAUACACACACGUACACAUUAUAUAUAUACACGUAUAUAUAUAUAUAUAUAUAUAUAUAUAUAUAUAUAUAUAUAUAUAUAUUCGCGAAGUGAAACGCGAAGCGACCAUGUUUGUAUAUUUCGAAAUCGUUAUUAGUACCUGCCUGACUCAUAAACCUGUGCCAUACCACAAUUCUUUUAUCCCCCUCCUCUCACACAUUUUCCUUCUCCUCCCUCCAACCCUUUCUACUACAUACUUCUUCCCUGCUGCGAUCGGCUUUUAACGCGCAAAGUAUUUUUGCUUGUAUUUUUUCUCGCGGAGAUCAAAACGAGAUCACGCCAACAAUGUUCAGCGAUUAAAAUUCAGCGAUGGCAUUUAUGUAAACGAUAGAGAAAAUGUUCUGUCAGUCGGAACACAUAUCAAUACUGAGGUCGAAUUGCGUCGACAGUGAGUCUGUAUGAAAAUAUAGCUAAUGCCAGCGCGCCUUUCGGAUGCUAUCCCUUUCUCUACGGAUUAAAGUCUUAUCCAUUAUUUGGAUGUGAAAGGAAAAUUUAAUCGAGAUCGGGAUUAAUGCUGACGCCGAUGUCGCCGCAAUUGAGCUUAACGUUGUUGAUAAAUUGUCACUGAUGCAGAAUUAAUCAGGCCGAAUGAAUCGACCGCUGCGGAAAGGGCAUAAAUCAAUCUUUUAUACAAACGAGCCGAUAAAAUUUUCGUUGAAUUUGCAACAGAAAAAAAUUGAAAUUUUUCCCGUACAAUUACUGUAUCAAAUUUAAAAAUAUGCAAUAAUCAUAAAUAAUCGCAAAUGCGAGAGAACAACAGUAUCUUCUUACUUUUGAAGAACUUCCUUGUUUUAAAACAUAAAUCUUUUUUUUGCAACGAUUGAUUCUUUUUUAUAGCCAUUAAACUUAUAUGUGAAUUGUCAGUGAUGUUGUUUUUUGUUUUCGAUUUAAGAUAUCAAUCAUCUAAAAUCUAAAUGAAAAGAUAAAGUAAGGACAACGAUAUUGUAAACGGAGUAGUUGCGAAAAUGCUUUUGCCUUUCCGACUUUGAGCAUGUAUGCAAUUCCAAAAAUUAUACCAGGAGCAAUAAUGGCCAAAUCUCUUUAUAAAAAUUUGCCCCAUAUUCUCUUCAAAAUGGUAGAAGUCUGAUCAUGCAUUUUGAAAAAUGGUUAUAAUUCUCUUAAAAAGCGUAGAAAUCAUUAAACUUAAUCAAUUAAAUUGAAUAAGAAAUAUAUUGAAAUAAAUGAAAGAAAUAAUUUUCUCGUAUUAUAAUUUAUUCUGAUAGAUAAUUGGAUUAUUUUUCCAUAAGGAGCCUCCUCGGGCGGGCCUUCUUAAUUUGGCCACUACUGUCAUACAACGCGAGCGUUUCGUCAUCUCCUAUUUCGAAGCGAAUGAAAAUAUCAAAAUAGAUGCAUAUUGCGACAGAGGAUAAUGUUAUUCCUAAUCUAUUCCUAUAUCGAAGCGAUUCUGUACGGUGAAAAUCUAAUGACGAGAACAUUGUAUAUACUGUAGGUUUAUGGGAAUGGCUCGCACGAUGCAUUCAUUACAACUUAUUCAUUGUUCUUUACUUUACCUUCUAGCGGUGUCUCUCAUUAGUUAUUUUUUUUUUUUUAGAAAGGAUCCGCAUAUAUGGAGCGUUAUAUUAAGCGAAUACCUUUAAAAAAAAGAAAAACAUCAUUACUUUUUUUUUUUUUUUCUUUUUGCCCCGCCCUGCUCCCCAUGAUUCAUAUUUUUUAUUAUAAGAUUGUAAGUUGUAGAUUAUCUAUAUAAUGCUGUUUAUAUAGGGAAACAAAUUGUUUAGUUUGUAAGAUUUUAAAAUCCGCGAAAAAGAGAGAGAAUGAAAGAGUGAGAGCGAGAGAAAGAAGAAAGAGCAAAAGCUGCACAUUACAUCCGGUAUGUUGUGAGUUUGUGAGAGAAGUGCGCGGAGAACAUGAAGAAGACUCUAUUAGUCCUAUCGUGAAUGUACUAUUAAAAAAAAAAGAUGUAAUGAAGAGUUAAAAAGUAUUCUUAAAGAUGAGUUGCAUUGUAUUCAUUUCACGUGCAAUUAAGACGCAUCCGAGAUUAUAUAAAGUAGGCUACCGUUUGUGUCGAAUUCAUAUACAAGAUGAAGAUGAAUGUCUCUGUAAAGAGAUCGAAAGAAAAGAAGGGAAGAGCAAGAUCACUUUUUUCCCCCCAAAGUUUUGGACUUUCGUCAAUUUCGCAUUUACCAUCCAUUUUAUCAUGAACUUAAUUUUGAAUUAUUGUUACAAACAUAAAGGCUCUGUAAUAAAUUUAUCUUGUAAAUCUU